AUGGCACGAACGAGAUACAACUCCGAUCGGCCCGAGACUUACGCCCGAUUCCGAGCUGGCAGGAAUAGUUACAACCAACGACAGCAAUUACACCAUGGACAGGAAGAAUUUUGCCACGAAAACAUCCUAGACAACCCUUACAACCACCCUCAGGAAGAAGACACAUCAGACGAUGAAGAGAAUGACAAUGACGAAAGAAACUGGGUGGUACUUACCGAAGAAGAGCCUGUUAACCCAAUUGAUGCAGCAAUCAAAGCUCGGAAAGCACAGCAUCGACAACAAGCACGGCAGUACGAUUACUUGGCCAUGAUUCAAAGCCUGCACUCGGUGUACCUUGUUUUAAAAUACAAGACCAAUGACUGGACCGGUUCCAAUACUUUCUACGACUUCCGCAACUGCAACUGUCUGCCGCACACCAAGACAUCACGACCGGUGGAUUUAGUUGAUGUUUCCGUUUAUUGGCUUUGCAGGAAGUUUGGUAAUGCUGUGAAACGCCGGCGUGAGACUAGGUCAUUGCUUGCUGCUCUCCUUGGACUUCCGAAUCCCCACAAGCGAAACGGCCGAAAGUACACAGAGGGAUAUUUUUUAAAGCAGUGGCGAAAGCAGCGCGAGUUUCAGACUGCUCAUACUCAAGAAGAGGACGAUCGAACGCAAGAGUUAGUCCAACUGUAUAAAGAUGAGGCUGCGUUGGAACACCUCAGGAAACGGCUCCAAGGCCCUGAGAUAUUUUUGGCAACUGAGGAGGAAUUGCGAGUACUCCUUGACCAAAUAGUAGACAAAACCGAGCAACUCAAGCGCAAAGCGGAGGCAUUGAACAGGGGUAACUCAACCGAUCAAUCUGCCGAGAAACUUGAGGAAGAACGGCUGUUACUGCUACUUUGGGAUGCCAAAUCCGACCUUUUUGUGCAGGCAGUCCACCUCCGUGCCGAACGGGAACCAAUUCUGAACUCAAAAAAUAUGGGUACACGACUUGGAACUAAGCUGAAGGAAAAAAUUUACAAAUCCAUUGCAGCACGACGGCCGGCCGUAGUCAAACUGAUCAAUUACUUCAACUCAUGCCAUGCAAAUAGAAUCCAGGAAGAAUUUCAGUUAAUUUCUCAAGAGUUGAGUCGCGCGGUUGGAUGGGCAAUUAGCCAGAACAAUCUACUUCGUUCAAACAUCAGAUACAUUCAUGCGCUAUACCUUUCUAGCGAAACAGAUGAUACAAGACCUCCAGACGAGCACAUUGAUUCUCUGCCAAUGGCCGGGAUGACAUAUCGCCAAAAGCUGAAAUGUAUCAACCAAGAGUUACGCUUACGUCUUUCGACUCAUAAGGUAUUGGUGCAAGAUCGGUCGGAUGAUGUGAUGUGGCUGUGGGACAAGUGUCAGCCGCCACAAAACAAACCCAACAUAUCUGAAUGGAUUCGACUUGCAGAAUGCAGUAGGUCGGACGCUGGUGUUAAUCUAGAAGUACCAGAUAUCGAUGAGGAAUUGGAAGACGUAUUGUUGGAUAAUGAGGGGGACGAUGGGGAUUACGACGAAGAUGAUUGGGUCGAUGAGAUUGGAUAUGAUGAUACACCCGAGGUCGCCCCACCAUUACCAGCCAAGGUCGCCCCACCUUUACCGCAGGAAUCAGAGGCCCGGAUCUCUUCACCAGUACCUGAAGAAUUGAAUGUACCUGAUAGAUCUGCGCCAUCAAUCCCCGAGUAA